AUGGCAUUCUACCUCACGCCAUUUCGUGCAUCGCUGGCUUAUCGUCCUGAUGAGGCUGAGGUUGAUUACCCAGAGAGUGUUUUUUUUAAGGGCAUCAAUGACAAAGCCAUGCUGACCUCAUCUCUAAUGAGAGACAACAAUACAAACCCGGCGCUACGAAGGGAGGGCUACACGGUGCAGGUCAGCGUCAACGACUACCUGGACAUCUACUGCCCGCACUACAACACCAGCCAGCGAGGGACGCUGGAGCGCGUCACAGCCGAGCAGUACAUCCUCUACAUGGUCAGCUACCGCGGCUACCGCACCUGUGACCCCCAGCUGGGCUUCAAACGCUGGGAGUGCAACCGGCCCCACGCGCCUCACGCACCCAUCAAGUUCUCUGAGAAGUUCCAGCGCUACAGCGCCUUCUCGCUGGGCUACGAGUUCACCGUGGGCCAGGAGUACUACUACAUCUCCACGCCCACCCACCACCAUGGCCACAGCUGCCUGAGACUGAGGGUCUACGUCUGCUGCUCCACCGUCUCCCAGGCAGACGACGACUCCAGUCAGACUUCUCCCGACUACACGGUCAGGCCGAACAUCAAAAUACACAACCUCGAUGAAUUCAAUCCGGAAGUUCCCAAGCUGGAGAAAAGCGUCAGCGGCAGCAGCCAAUCACGUGACCGCCUUCUCCUCACGAUGGCGAUGCUGCUCCUGUCGUCCGCGCUCUUGUCCUAGCGUCGCGCGGAGUGACGCUUCACGCACAGCCUUGUCCAAAGGGCUUCGUAUCCACCUCUACACCGCGAGUUAUCCCACGGAAUCACAGACGUGAAUCUGGAACAGAACCACAA